AUGCCUUCUCCGGAGCUUGUAUCAGGUGGCGCGGAGCCAGAGGCUUUGUCGGGCCCUGCUCAGAACAGUUCUCACCUGCCCGACGCGGACGCCAAUCAUGACGCUUCCUUGGAACAACAAACAGCCCAGGGCCCCGGACAGAAUGCCAUCUCGGAAGGCAAACAGAAUGCCCGAGCGGUGCUCGCCGCGUCGGGGCUGUCGUUGCCAGCGGGUGGCGCUGAGAACGAGACAAUGCCGGUGACGGCUGGCCCUUCUACCGAGACAAACGGGUCGGUGGCGAGCAGGAAACGGUCGCAUGAUGGCGAAGCCAUCCCAGCAACCGACGGUCUACCCGUCCGUGUGCGCGAGACGCUGGCGGACAAGAUCCUGCUCGAUCAGUAUGUGAACCGCGAGUUCCAUUACUCUGCCCUGGCUGCCUGGAAUCCCCCCAACCAGGCGAUCCACCAUCAGAAACGGGUGGAACGCGACUACUAUCUCGCCUUGCGUCGCGAGGCCCAGAUAGACCCGGGCUCGGUGUAUGGAGUCGGCUACGAAGGGUUCGGCAACGCCCGGACGGAUCUCAAGAACCAGCACCCGCAGCUGCUGUAUCCCGGCCAUCGACGCCGGCCGGGGAACCGCAAGACCCGCGAGCUCCGGGUCUCGCGCUCCGACCUGAAGGUGCAGAAUGAGCAGAUCGAGGACCUCGUUCCCAUCCGGCUCGACAUCGACUGGGAGAAGGUCAAGCUGCGCGACACCUUCACUUGGAACCUGCACGACCGCGUCGUCUCGCCCGAUCUAUUUGCCGAAAAGCUCGUCGAGGACAUGGGCCUCCCUCUCGAGACGUGCACGCCGCUGAUCCGCAUGAUCUCGCAGAGCAUCCACGACCAGCUCUCGGAUUAUUACCCCCAGGUCUUCCUCGAGCAGGAUGCCCUCGACCCACAUCUCCCCUACAGUGCCUAUAAGGAUGACGAGAUGCGCAUCCUGAUCAAGCUCAACAUCACGAUCGGCCAGCACACCCUGGUCGACCAGUUUGAAUGGGACAUCAAUGACCCCCACAAUUCGCCCGAGGAUUUCGCCCUGCGCAUGACCAACGACCUGUCGCUGUCUGGCGAGUUCACCACUGCUAUCGCCCACUCAAUCCGCGAGCAGUCUCAGCUCUUCACCCGCUCACUCUACAUCGUCUCACAUCCCUUUGAUGGCCGCCCCGUCGAUGAUCCGGACCUCAAGGCCGCCUUCCUGCCGUCCCCGUUAGCCUCUUCUUUCCGUCCCUUCCAAGCCGCCAAGGAAUACACCCCUUACCUUUACGAGCUGAACGAGGCCGAGCUCGAACGCACAGAGGUUUCGAUCUCGCGCGAGCAGCGCCGCCAGAAGCGCUCCGUCAACCGCCGCGGCGGGCCCGCCCUGCCAGAUCUCAAGGACCGCCAGCGCACCAUCCGCACCAUGGUGGUCUCCUCGGUGAUCCCCAACUCGGCCCCCAGCAUCGAGGAGAGCAAUGUCUUCAAACGCACAGGCUCCAGCCGCCACCGCCGCUCGGCCGCCCAGCGUGACGGCGGUGAUGACUCGGAUGAAUCGGAUAGCGACGACUCGUCCAUCGGCUCACCCGCCAUCGGUCCCCAUCUGGCCCAGGGCACCGCCCGGACCAGGGGUAUGCGAGGCGCCGCAACCGCCGCCCAUGCCGCGCUGCGGGCCAGCCUAGGCCAGUCGGCUACCCCGGAGCCCUCGUUGCAGCAGCCGCAACCAGCGCAGCACCUGCAGCACCUCGCCCACCAGCAGGAAGCAGGCAGCCGACUCGCGGCGCGACGGCAGAACUACCGUGAGGAGAGCGUCGAGGAGCCCGAAAAGUUGGUGGUCAAGCUGCGCAUCUCGCGAGAGCGCUUCCGCCAGUUCCUCGCCGACCUGAAGCUCCGCAAUAGUCGGCCACAAUCGGUCUCCAACCUGUCGACCUCCCAAAGCAAUACCCCGCUGAUACAGCCUUCCUCGAUCCCCCCCGCCGCGGCUCCCCUCCAGGCCCGCCCUCCUGUCCCCGCCUCGACGACCCAGCCGCCCGUCCCGGCGCAGCAGAUUGGCGCCGUCGAUGCUCCCCAUCCCCCGCAACCGGGUGUCCCAGGUCCCCCCCCUCCCAGCUGGCUUGUCUCGGGCCUCGCCCAACUCAAUCGUGCGUAUCCGACCCAUUCCUUCGAGGGCGUCAUGCGCUACUCCGCCGUCGACAUGGAAACCAUGCUCCCUGUCGCCAACGCAACGGCCACUCAACCAGGCCAGCGCCUGCGGUACCAGUAUCUCCCACGCAUCCGCUGUCACGAUUGUCCGGGUAAACUGUACACGCCCGGUCCGGGGAUGACAGUGGACAACUUCGAGGUCCAUCUACGCAAUAGGCAGCAUAAAGAGCGGGUAGAGGAGAGAUUGGCCAAGAAUGCUUGA